CUGAUGGGGACCCCGCCCGCCCAGGCCGGCUCCAGGGCGCCCCCGGGCACCUCCACGCCCCGCUCGGACCCCGGGCUUUGAGCGUGCCCAGGCUCAGGGUUGCGCAUCAGAAGCGUGUCCAACAGAUUGUUCACUCGCUCUAAAGCGGGAAAACACGGGCGAGGUUUUGCUGAGGUCUUUCCUAAGAUGGAACCCAUAACCUUCACGGCGAGGAGGCAUGUGGCCCCCCACGAGGCCUCGGUGGACUUCGGCCUGCAGCUGGUGGGCUCCUUGCCCGUGCAUUCUCUCACCACGAUGCCCAUGCUGCCCUGGGUGGUGGCAGAGGUCCGGAGACUCAGCGGACAGUGCUCCAGGAAGGAAGGGGCAACCAAGCAAGUCCGGCUCUGCGUUUCACCCUGUGGACUGCGAUGUGAGCCUGAGCCCGGGAGAAGUCAGCACUGGGACCCUCUGAUCUGUUCUAGCAUCUUCGAUUGCAGGCCUCAGCAUGUGCACAAGCUGAUCCACAACAGUCACGACCCCAGUUACUUCGCUUGUCUCCUCAAGGAGGAUGCCGCCCCCCGGCAGAGCGUCUGCUAUGUGUUCAAGGCUGAUGACCAAACGAAAGUGCCUGAGAUCAUUAGCUCCAUCCGACAGGCGGGGAAGAUCGCCCGCCAGGAGGAGCUGCGCUGCCCCUCGGAGUUCGAUGACACCUUCGCCAAGAAGUUCGAGGUGCUCUUCUGUGGCCGUGUGACAGUGGGACACAAGAAAGCACCUCCGGCCCUGAUCGAUGAGUGCAUGGAGAAGUUCAACCACGUGAGCUGCAGCCGCAGGGCGGACCUGGCCGCCCCGCCCCAGCCGCAUCCCCACCCCGAGCCCGGCCACAAGCCCAUGCGCAAGUCCUUCUCGCAGCCCGGCCUGCGCUCGCUGGCCUUCCGCAAGGAGUUCCAGGACGCCGGCCUCCGCAGCAGGGCCUUCUUCAGCUCCUUCGAGGAGAGCGACAUCGAGAAUCACCUCAUCGGCGGGCACAGUGUUGUGCAGCCCACAGACAUGGAGGAAAACCGGACUAUGCUCUUCACGAUUGGCCAAUCGGAAGUUUACCUCAUCAGUCCUGACACCAAAAAAGUAGCACUGGAGAAGAGUUUCAAGGAGAUCUCCUUUUGCUCUCAGGGCAUCCGCCACGUGGACCACUUUGGGUUCAUCUGCCGGGAGUCUUCGGGCAGCAGCGGCGGCGGCUUUCAUUUCGUCUGUUACGUGUUCCAGUGCACCAGUGAGGCUCUGGUUGACGAGAUCAUGAUGACUCUGAAGCAGGCGUUCACGGUGGCCGCGGUGCAGCAGACGACCAAGGCGCCAGCCCAGCUGUGUGAGGACUGCCCCUUGCAGAGCCUGCACAAGCUCUGCGAGAGGAUCGAAGGAAUGAAUUCUUCUAAAACCAAGCUAGAACUCCAGAAGCACCUGACCACAUUGACCAAUCAGGAGCAAGCAACUAUAUUUGAGGAGGUUCAGAAAUUGAGACCAAGAAAUGAGCAACGAGAGAAUGAAUUAAUUAUAUCUUUUCUGAGAUGUCUAUAUGAAGAGAAACAAAAAGACCACAUGCACAUUGGAGACGUGAAGCAGAUCCCGCAAAUGGCAGCUGAGAAUAUUGGGAGUGAGUUAGCGCCCAGCGCUACUCGAUUUAGACUAGACAUGCUGAAGAGCAAAGCAAAGAGAUCCUUAACAGAAUCUUUGGAAAGCAUUUUGUCCCGGGGGAAUAAAGCCAGAGGCCUUCAAGAACAUUCUGCCAGCAUGGACCUGGACAGCUCCCUGUCUAGUACAUUAAGUAAUACCAGCAAAGAGCUGUCCUUGGGGGACAAGGAGGCCUUGCCUAGCUCUGAGUGUUCCUUCAAGCUCCUUGGCUCCUCAGAUGACCUGUCCAGUGAUUCGGAGAGCCACGCUAUGGAAGAGAUUACUCCACUGUCACCCCAGCAGGCCUUCCGAAGGCGGGCGAACACCCUGAGUCAUUUCCCUGUGGAGUGCCCGGCGCUUCCAGAACCUGCCCAGAGCUCUCCAGGGGUCUUGCAAAGAAAGCUUAUGAGGUACCACUCUGUGAGCACAGAGACACCUCACGAACGAAAUGUGGACCGCCCUCCUGAGAGCGAGCCUAAGCAUCGCCCAGGUCAGUCUGCAGCUCCUGUCCCUCCUCCUCCUCGUCUGAACCCCUCUGCUUCCUCGCCAAACUUUUUUAAGUCCCUAAAACACAAUUCCAGUGGAGAAAACAGCGGGAAUGCUGUGCCGAAGAGCAUCUCCUACCGUAACGCCCUGCGGAAAAAACUGCAUUCUUCCUCUUCUGUGCCAAAUUUUCUAAAAUUUCUGGCUCCUGUAGAUGAAAAUAACACCUCUGACUUUAUGAACACAAAAAGGGAUGUAGACUCCAAAGCAACCCCCCUGGGUGACUCUGAUGGGACGCCUGUGAAGACCCGGCGACACUCAUGGCGACAACAGAUAUUCCUCCGAGUGGCCACUCCGCAGAAGGCAUGCGAUUCCCCAAGCAGAUAUGAAGAUUAUUCAGAACUGGGAGAGCUUCCCCCACGAUCUCCUUUAGAGCCGGUUUGUGAGGACGGACCAUUUGGCCCUGUCCAGGAAGAAAAGAAAAGGACAUCACGUGAGCUUCGAGAACUGUGGAGAAAGGCUAUUCUGCAGCAAAUACUGCUGCUCAGAAUGGAGAAGGAAAAUCAGAAGCUCCAAGCCUCUGAGAACGACUUACUGAACAAGCGCCUGAAGCUGGAUUAUGAAGAAAUCACACCUUGUCUUAAGGAAGUCACCGCAGUGUGGGAAAAGAUGCUUAGCACUCCAGGAAGAGCAAAAAUCAAGUUUGACAUGGAAAAAAUGCACACAGCUGUUGGGCAGGGUGUGCCACGUCAUCACCGGGGUGAAAUCUGGAAAUUUCUAGCUGAGCAGUUCCACCUUAAACACCCGUUUCCCAGUAAGCAGCAGCCGAAGGAUGUGCCCUACAAAGAGCUCUUGAAGCAGCUCACCUCGCAGCAGCACGCCAUCCUCAUUGACCUCGGACGAACCUUUCCAACACAUCCCUACUUCUCUGCCCAGCUCGGAGCCGGGCAGUUGUCAUUGUACAACAUUCUGAAGGCCUACUCGCUUCUGGACCAAGAAGUAGGGUACUGCCAGGGCCUCAGCUUCGUGGCAGGCAUUUUGCUCCUUCAUAUGAGUGAGGAAGAGGCAUUUAAAAUGCUCAAGUUCCUGAUGUUUGACAUGGGACUGCGGAAACAGUAUCGGCCGGACAUGAUCAUUUUGCAGAUCCAGAUGUACCAGCUCUCGCGGCUUCUCCACGAUUACCACCGAGACCUCUACAACCACCUGGAGGAGCAUGAGAUCGGCCCCAGCCUCUAUGCCGCCCCCUGGUUUCUCACCGUGUUCGCCUCCCAGUUCCCGCUGGGCUUUGUAGCCAGAGUCUUCGAUAUGAUCUUUCUUCAGGGAUCAGAGGUCAUAUUUAAAGUGGCUUUAAGUCUGCUGGGAAGCCACAAGCCGUUGAUUCUCCAGCAUGAAAACCUCGAAACCAUAGUGGACUUUAUAAAGAACACACUACCCAACCUGGGCUUGGUGCAGAUGGAGAAGACCAUCAGUCAGGUGUUUGAGAUGGACCUCGUUAAGCAGCUACAGGCGUAUGAGGUUGAGUACCAUGUGCUUCAAGAAGAGCUGAUUGAGUCCUCUCCUCUCAGUGACAACCAGCGAAUGGAUAAGCUAGAGAAAGCCAACAGCAGCUUACGCAAGCAGAACCUCGACCUCCUGGAGCAGCUGCAGGUGGCAAAUGGUAGGAUCCGAAGCCUUGAAGCCACAGUGGAGAAGCUCCUGACCAGCGAGAGCAAGCUGAAGCAGGCCGCGCAGGCCCUGGAGCUGGAGCGUUGCGCCCUGCUGCAGCUGGUGGAGGAGCUGAGGAGACACCCUGCCCACACCCAGCCCGGUGCCCCAGAGCCACACUGUGCCCAGCCUGAGCCUACAGCUGACUGACAGCCCGCAGGAGAGACUGCACGCCACUCACUGUCCAGGCCUUAAUCGACAGACACAGAAGCUGGAGGCAGAGAACUUCUCAGGGAGGAAACAGGCUCACCAGCCUGAAGGUUCUUUUUGAGCUCAGAUUGGCAGUUGAGGAGGGAAAGGGCCUAGAGCUGUUGUCAUUUUGGGUUCUCAUCCGUUCUUUUUCCAGUCUUGAUUACUGUACUGGUUAGCUUUAGAUGGCAUGGGCACAAAUAAUGCCCCUUUGUGCUUCAUCAUGUCCUUUUCUGGUGGCACCAUGUUGGCAAAGAACAUUCAGGACACUGGGACUUCAGAAGCAGGAAGGGCUUGAGGUGACUCCUCAGGCCAAAGUGUGAGAGUUCAUGUUGGCCACACCCUCCACAUAGCACGAGGAGGUGCAGCUGGCCCCUUGGUUCUUCUUACUACGGAAGCCUAAGAUAGCCGUGGGGAAGAACUGAAAGAUCUGUUUAGACAUCUUGCUCAUUGUUGACCAAAAUGUGACUCACUGGUACUGAAGGAAGUUUUUAUCUUUUUAAACAAUAUUAUGUUUCCAUCCACUUUUGCUCAUUCUUGAAGUAUAGUUGAUCAAAGUCAUGGCAGAUAAAUGUUUCAUAAGAAAAAUCACCAGGUUUUCGACUCAGUCAGCCAUUACUAGCGUGUCCUGCAGUUGUGGGGCCCGAGGUAUUUAUUUCUUUGUGAUCGUUUCUUAUCUCCACUUGAGUCUCAUAUUUAUUUUUGCCUGUUGUAUGAUGUAUUGCUGCCACGUCUUCCUCUGAGUCUCCAGUGCCCCUUGGAAAUCUGAUUUCCAUAGAAGGAACUGGGCACGUCAAGACUUCCAGGAGUAUCCAAGAUCUAGAACCUUGGAAAAAGAGAUCGGGCUUGACUUCCAGUCUGAUGUGUAGAGCUGACAAGGGCAUGUGUUGCCAAAGGAACUGAAGCACAGUGGCACUCCUCCCGUGGGGCAACAGACCCUGUGCCUCCAAGCAAAAUGCUGCUCAGUCUCCCUCCUUUCACUGGUCCUAUGCAAGGUGUCGCCCCUGUGUGCUUAGAGUUCUGUGGUUUUUUACAAAGGUUGAAGGGAGACCUACCAGCAUAGGUCGCCUCAACAACAGAAUCAGCUCUGGCCUUGGAGUUCUAAUCGUAAUUCCCUCAGACCCACAGUGGUCUCCUGGCUCUUGUGGGGUGGGGAGUGAGAAAGGAGCACUCACCAGACUUGGAGUCAGUAGGAAUGUUCCCGCCAUUUCCAAGGGAGGCCAUACGGUUGGGGGGCUUUUGAGACUCCUCGUUUUGGGUCAGAGGGGAGCCAUUCUCUCCAUAAACCAAGAUGAUCAAUCCCAGUUGACUCAUUUCCAAGUGGCUUUGCCAGAGCGAGCUUAGAAGAGCCAACAGUUGAGGGCUUCUUUCCAAUUGUAUUUUACUAUUUGAAUGUUUAAUAAUGUUGAAUUUUGGACAUAUUAUUAUUACUGUUGAAAACAUUGACUCUAUAGUAAGAAACCAGAGCAAUAAAACAAGUACUUCUUGCCUGUU